AUGGUGACGUCCAAACGAAGAGGAAAGAAAGACGGUAGUCCGCGGAAAAGAUCCAGCAACAACACUGCGGCUAAGAGUGAAGUCGACUAUGCCUGCGAACCCAUAGACUACGAAGCCACCUUGACCGAAUGGGUAAAGGACCGGAUCGUCAAUCCCCAGUAUCGGGUGACUGAGCUCCACGUGCUAUCCUUCAAGAUGAUAGCCGUGGCCAAAGAGGCCGCCAGGGUAUUCGAGAUCGGCGGAAGGGCCAGGAUCGAAGAGAUCGUGGAGAAAGGCUUGCACGAGGAGGCCGAAAGCUUAUUGCGCUCGGGUCGUGAUCCACUCCAGCGACUGAAGCGCCUACUCGCGUUCCUGAGCAUGCAAGAUGUACCACUCUAUGAUGAUCUCAUGGACGAGACAUCGGAAGUGGUGCAAGCUGUUCAGUACUCCAUGAAGCGGAUACUUGACCUCAGAGGUGGACCCAAGCAGGUCAUGAAGGAAGCCCCGUACCUGAUCCCGUCGAUGGUGCUCUACCUACUUCCGUCAUGGGACCAAGUCGACAUCAGCAACACUGCGGAGGAAAUGACAGAAGACAUAACCGACAUGUACAGUCUCAUCUUCCCGUACACGCUCUGUCCGCGAGAGCUCUUCACUGAGAUAUUGCGGACGAACCAGCUACGCGCAAAAGCAUCUGCAGCAAUACAGCUGUGUGGUUUCAACCCGGAGCAUGCACUCGAAGCUUAUGACGUCCUCGGCCGCAUCGAGGCCUUCUCAGUCGAGGACUGGGCGCGAGCUGGCACAUUUUGCACCGAAUGGCUGACUGUUGGUCUGGUGUAUAAAUCCGCCGUCGCGCUCUACGCCACCUUGUCCCUUUGCUCACUCAUGGUCCUCCCGACGACAGCUUCACUGCUCGAGAGUCAAACAGCUUACGGCGAUGUCCUGCUCAGCAACCUCGGCACUGCACUCAAGGCCCCGCGUAUGGCUAAGUUUAUGGUCUGGCCGCUCAUCGUCGCGGGUGUAGAAGCUAUGCAUCGCGGGGAAGGGACGCGCAACUGGAUCGAAGCGGGCUUGGAGGAUCUGAGUAGGACGCUGGGGACGAGUUGCCCACUCAAAGUAUGUUCGGUGCUGAAGAGAUACUGGAAGGGCGGGGUUGCCGGGUGGGACGAGUGCUUCGAUCAAUCGUAUGUGUUUGCAAUCUAG